CCGGCUUAUCACAAACGGACUCUCCCCACCAGUUCGCUUUUCUGAUUUCGCGGAGGAGGCUGUAGGUGAUCCAUCUGAUGUGUAUGACGAUGCAACUAUGAUGUUCAGUGUAUCGAGGGUAUUGGUUCUUCAGUGCAGGCAAGUGGUGUGGAUAUGAUGAGGCAGUGAGGGCCUUUCCGAUUUGGGUUUGCAGCCCUGGGAUAUGCGCGAGAUUGGUGGAAGAGAGAGAGAGAGAGAAAGAGAAAGAGAGAGAGCCUCGGAAUUGCUGAAGAUGUGUGUUCAGCUUUGUUGAUAUGGUAGUGGUGCCGUGCAGUGGAGUAUCUGGGGUUAGUGGAGUUCGCAGUUUGCAAGUUUCAAUGUGGGCUUUAUUGGGAGUUGGGUUUCCGAUGAUGGUGCUGUGUUCAAGUUUGAGGCUUUGAAAGUGGCUAGUUAAGGAAUUCGAGGGAGUGUUUGCGUGAGAGUGAAAGGCAGUGGACAUGUGGCUAACAGCUAGAGAUACGAGAGGUGGGGAUUGAGGAUGCGAAGUGUCACGAUACUAGCCCUAAAAGAAUGGUAUUCAGCAGAGGAUUCAAACUAGACGCUUGCAGCGGAGAUGUUGGUGUGGUACACUGGAGCCAGCUGAUGUUGACUGCUCUACCGCUUCCCGGGGUGCUAUUCUGCUACUUUCUGUCUCUUUUCAUCUACAUCAGGGUGUAGAAGGCGGAGAGAAGGAUCCAAAACCUGGGGUCGACAUUGUUGGGGACAAUGCCUGGGACCAUUCGAGUUUCAGUUUUGGAGGCAGUGGAUCUUCCUGAAGGACUCACAGAUGGAACGAUUGACAAUAACAUAACUGCUAAAGUCACUUUGGGACCUAAGUUAUUCAAGACACCACCUCUAAAAAUUGCAGAUGGAGGCAAAAUUGAGCCGUGGAAUUCAGACUUUGCCUUCCCUGUGAUGAAUUUGCGAGACAAGCUGGGGAUUUCCAUUUGCGAUAGUGAGGAUCGAUCUGUCUCACAAACUGCUAUUGAAAUUCCUUCCAUUAUCCAGAAAGGUUCUCGAGAUGAAUUUGUAGAACUCGGAGCUGGUGGACGAAUCCACCUGAAGAUGAGCUUCGUGCUUUCUGAUGAAGAGCGGAAGAAAAUUGAAACAAUGAGAGUAGCUGCUUUGAAGAGAAAGGAAGAAGAACGCAUGAAUAAAACAAUCGUCUUCCAAACCGUCCCCCAGCCAGCUGUUGAGAAUGUGAUCAGGACGCCACCUGUCUCAAGAGUGACCAUUACAGAAGUUGAUGAAUCAGCUACAGAGGAGAGGGAGGAUUCCAAGGGAGCAGCACCUGCAUCAACUGUAACCAUUACGGAGAUUGACGAUUCAACCACAGAUGAGUGGGAUGUAUUGAAGGGAGCAGCACCUGCAUCAACAGUGAUUAUUACGGAGGUUGAUGAAUCAUAUACGGAUGGCAUUAAAGAAACACAAAAUGGAGUUUUAGGGAAUGGUUCAACUACAGGUGUAAGGAAGGAUUUGAAUAAAACAGCAAACGCGCCUUUAGGGUUUGGAACCACAAAGCCUCUGGCGCCUAAGCCAAUGUUUGAUUAUGCAAAAGCGAUCGGUAUGCAGAAAAGCAGAAGUUUCAAACGCACAAAUAGUAUCAAAAGGAGGGAAAACCCUGGGGGUUCAGAUUUUUCGACUAACGAAGUCGUGGCGAACAAGGGUGAUAUGCAUGUUGAGGGUCAAAGAUGGGGUGGGUAUCAAGCAACUCGGCCAAGAUAUAUGCUCAAUCAUCCUGAAUUUCAAAGUCAAUCUGUACAAGGUCCGAAGUCUGAAGUGCGAUCAGGGCCAGGAGCUAGGUGGGCCCAGAAAAAUAGUCUGGAGGCUAAAUGGACAUCUCCUGAAGAGGCUAGGCGAAUUGUGAGAGAGGAACGGGUUGGACAAGUGACAGAUCAUUUCAAGGUUAGAGCUAAGAUUCUUGAGUUGAUUAAAGUGGCAGCUGGUUCACACGAUGAUCGAUAUGGAGAUGAUAGAAGCUUCCAGGACCAUCACGGACUUGCAGAUAGCAUUGGGGCUGUAUUACACAAGGUUGUAGGUGGAGCUGCAAUGUUGCUGGCAGCACUGUUGAUGACCUGUCCAGCAAGGUCAUGAAUUGCUUUAGUUGUUGAAGGUUCCCCAGACGGGUAUGCACUAUAGAGCUCCCUGUUUUACUAUACAUCUGUAAAAGUCAUGAAACGUGCCACCGUGGACGUGCAUCCUUGUAACGGUAUCCAGAGUGGCACUAUGGACUAAUAGUACAUGGAGCUAAGAUAAGCUCAAUUAUCAGGUCAUUGCGAUCUUCAAUCAGUGCCCGUAAGUUAUUUAGUCUUAACAGGUAACGGUGACAUUAAGGCAGGGUCUGAAGCAGGCAAUUGUACAGACACUGACACAUAUUGGGAAGCAUCUUGCAUCGAUCCAGAUUGCUAAGUACAUACCUGGAACUAGACUUUACUUAGUGUGUCACUUUUGAGUGAGAAACCCUAGGACACACAAGUGUAACACCUUCACUAAAGUUCAUGCACUGUUUGGCUGCGCUAUAAAUUGUGGUCAUAGGUUUCGAACACUUAUUCGGAAUUUAUCGAGAGGAUUGAUAUCUUUCCAUCCCCUUGGUUAGUCUAGCAGAUGGAGGAUAUUAUCAGUGGCAGGUGUAUUGGAUCACUCUGGGCAAGGUGAACAAAGUGCCCCCUGCAGCCGUGCCUUAUUCAUAGUCUUUCGACAAUCAGCUCCUGUGCAAGAAUGAUGUGUGUUCUGGGGACAGGCUGUGGCUCGUGAAGACAUGCUAGUGUGAUGACCUUUGUAAGGUUAAGGUGUCGUAAGAAAGUUAAAAGACAACGGUCGUAGACUCUUGGCAUCAGCGGAUGCAACUCUGCUGUGCAGGCAGUGCCAUGCAACUUGAAUACUUGGCAAUACAUUCUCUAUUGGAAAUAAAUGAACGUUGACUUCUACACAACAGGUGAGUCAGUCAAUGAUUUCCAUGCA